AUGUGGGAAAAGGAAGACUUCUGGAGAACAGUGAGCGAGGUCAUGGUAAAGAAACCAAGAACAGAGAGAGUCUGGAUUUGGGGCACAUCUGAAAGGACAUGUGGGUGGUGGAGCGCAACGAUAAGGAGACAACAAACGGUAAAAAUUUGGGUUGGAACGAGGAACGAAGAAGGGCAGACCAUCCUAGACUUUGUGGCGGCAAACAACCUGGCGGUCACAAACACCUAUUUCAAGAAGAAGGACUCGAGGAAGAUCACCUACACAAGUGGUGGUGUGAACUCCCAGGUGGACUAUGUCAUAUGCAGGAGAAGUGAGCUGAAAAGAGUACAGGACUGCAAGGUGCUGCCAGGUGAAGCGGUUGCGAAGCAACACAAAGUGGUCAUCUGUACAGCGACCAUGAAGACAGAGACAAGGAAGAAAACCGGACAGAACCAGAAGCAAGAUGUGGAAACUGAAUGA